AUGAUCUCAAGAGUAUCACUCAAUAAAUGUUUAUCAACUGUUCAAAAGUUAAAUAAAAACCAAUUAUAUAGAGCCAGCACUCGUUUAUACUCAACUGAUGUUAAAAUAGAGAAAACUGCCAACGGUGCUCAAAGUGGUGAAGAAGUUAAAGAUAUUGUCGAAAGAAUUUCAAAACUCUCAUUAUUACAAGUCACCGAAUUAACCUCAUUAUUACAAGCCAAAUUAGGUGUCCCAGAUAUGGACUUUUCACAAAUGGGUGGUGGCGGUGGCGCUGGUGGUGCCCCAGCUGCUGCUGCUGCUCCAGCCGCUGCUGCUAAAACAGAAUUCUCAGUUAAACUCAUUAAAGUUCCAGAUGGUGCUAAAUACAAGAUUAUUAAAGAAUUAAGAGAAGUUAAACCAUCACUCAGUUUAAUGGAAACUAAAGGUCUUGUUGAAAAAACUCCAUCAGUUAUUGCAGAUAAAGUUUCAAAAGAAGAAGCAGAUAAGAUUGUUGCUAAAUUAAAGGCUUCUGGUGCUGAAUUAGAAGUUGCUUAA